CCCUGACUAAAGCGGGAAAUAAAAUGGACGAAGCAUGUGUUUGUAAAUAAAGAUUGGUAACUGGCAGUAACUUCCUAGUAAUGAUCAUUUGAGUAAUCAAAGAUUUCAUCAUGUCUAGAAAAAAAUUCAUUGCAACAAUGGAGCUGAUUCAUAGUGCAGGAGAGCAGGGUGGAGGCAACCAGUCCAUGUAUGAAAAAAGAACAUUCCUUUCACAUUUGCUGGAAAACUUUCUCACAGAUGUCAAUACAAUUGGAGAGUCGCUGCAGCAGUGUGAAGGCGAGUCGAGCGAGUGCUUCAUGAUUCUCCAGUGGUUCCGGCUGCUGAUUGAAAAGCACUCUGAAAUGUUCCUUUAUGUGCCUGGCAGUCCUCCAUCCGAUGAUGCCCAUAGUCACCAUCAGCAACCUGGUCAAGCUGGCAACGAGGAGAACCUUUCCUAUGCCUUCACAACUUGGUGUCUGGCCAAACUGCUGCGACUGCUGAGCUCCAGUCAGUGUGCCAACCUUCAUCAGAAGUGUAUCUCCGUGGUGGUCGAUCUGCUGCAGCUGGUCAAGUGGAAGGACAUCCACUUUUACAACAGCCUACUGUCCAGUCUUAUACACUCCAUAGCAGACCUGGUGAAGCUGAACGAGAGGUUGUACAGUACAGACGAAACUCUUCCAGACGAAUCCCUGAACAGGUUCACUUACAGGGAUGACCAUGUUCGACAAAGCCUGGUCGACCCUGCAGAGCAUUCAAGUCCUACUAAUGUCAAGCUGUCCCCGGCUGUCAUUCAAGUGUCUACAGUUGAAACGUGUGAAAUGCUCCAGGUCAAUCUCACGGAGCUGCUGGGUCAUGUGGUGGAGGAUGUAGGGAUGGUGACCCACAGCCUACUCCCAGCUGUGUGGGCCUGCAUGUGUUGGGCAGUGGAAAAUGGAAACCUUGAUCUCAAGGCAGCUUCAUUCUUUGUAAUUAGCGAGACGUUACGGCACACUGGUCUGCCCAUGCUCAGUGUUAUUGACUACUUCCUGUCAUGCUCAGUAGCUGUACUAGACUUGAUGUGCUCUGGUUGUCAAGGAGGAGAGAAAAAAUGGGUGGUAAAGGUGGAAGAAAAUCUGGCCAGAGUACUUCAGGAAAUCGUCGGUGCUGAUAGAGCCACCCUGAAGCCGAUCCAUCUAUCUGUGUCUCAGAUGCAGUAUCUUCUUUCCAAGAUUGCCGUGAUCUUGACCACAAAGGGCCUGACUGCCCUUCAGACUACCAAUUUACUGCAGGGAGUGUCCAAUAUCAUCAGCUUCAUACUUGACACUGUACCCCGAGCCACUCUGUGCGGAAGCAUCUUCAAUCCGCUGAUCACCAAUAUGUUUGCAGCCUUGCUGAAUCACUGUGGUCAAUUUCAAGAGCUUAAGUUUUUGGUGUCCCCAUUGGUCAAGUCUAUUAUGCUGGAAGUACCCAGUGACCAGAGCGUUGAAUCUGUGUCCAGAGGAAUGAUGUCGGAACAGGACGAUGAUCAGCCCGGGCCAUCUCAAUACGGACAACGUAAAAGGAAGGCAGAGACCUUGAAUAAGGAUGGUCGCAUCAGACUGACCAAGCGUCAUCGGAUGGUCAACACCAAGUUAGCCUCCCUGAUCACCAUGGUGAAAGAUGGAGGGACCAAGGUACUGCCGAGCAUGGAGGGAGUAUGUGUCUGUGUGGGCAUUCUCAUUUCAUGUCUGCAACAGACUCGUACCGGGUCAACAUCGGGACGAACGUCAUUCCAACACUGGUUGCCACAGACAACAUGCCACGAGAUUGUGUCGACUGCUGCCGCUGUCAUCCAGCUGUGUCCUGAUUGGUCUACGGCAUCCAUCAAUCAAAUGCUCGGCACUGUCUUACAAACAUUUGCCACUCUGCUCUGUCAUUAUGAUGCUGGCGAUAUUGACCCUCAAGAUAUGACCACCAUGUGUUGGAUCUCCUCUCUCACCUGGGUACCAAAUGACCCCUCGUGUAUGGACAUGAAGAUGACCCACACCAAACAAGUGGUCAAGCUGAGUCAACAACUCUCGGAAAACCUAGACGAUACUGUUAAAUUGGAGAGUCUGCGUGUCUUAUCAUUUCUGCCUAAAGAUGUUGCCCCGAAGUGGAGAGUGCAUGUCUUCAGACAGGCAUUUGGUGAUGGUCAGUCCAAAAUGCGCCGGUCAGCUUUGACCACGUUUCCAUUGCUCCUGCAUCACCUUGGACCCAAUGCAAACCAUCUGGUGUACGAGCUCAUUCAUUCCCUGGUGAAGGACACUGACCCAGAGAUACAGAAAGCUCUGGCAGAUACUGUAGGAAAGCUGGCUUGUGUUGUAUGCAGGAAAAGUGUUGUAAGCAGCUUCAAGAAACCUGGGACCUUUUCUACCACACAGACUUUACAGUGUAUCUCAUGUGACAAAUUACAAGACAAGGAUUCUUGUAAGUCGACCAAGGAGCGACCACGGCUAGUGGAUCCUAACAUGUUCUCCAAGUUCCUGGUUUUACUGGACGCGGACAACCGCGAGGUCAAGUUAGCCAUGAUAAGAAGCCUGAAGAGGAUGUUUGGACACAUUGGUCUGAGUAGUAACAACCCAGCUACUAAAGGCAUGCUCAACACAAGUCUACGGCUGAUUGAGGAUAGCGACUACAGCGUCCGAGUUAGAUUCAGCCAUAUCAUCAGUUGUUUGGUGGGCGACAGUUCCAGCGAACUUAACCAUGUUAUGGUACGCAAACUAAAGACGGCACUGGACAAGGCUCGUGAGGACGGAAACGUACGGCUGCAAGAGACCAUCCUCCUCACGGUGUCUCGGCUGGGCAGACUGGCUGGGGAUGACCUGAUUCUGGUUGUGAUUGUCAGCCUACUGGAGAACCUGUUGUCCCCAGUGCCGCUGAUUUCCGCGGUGGCUUAUGAACAGUUGAAGUCAGUGGCACAGUUCAAGAAAACAAAGACUCAAGAUUUAUUCAUGAAAUCAAGACUGUCAAUUUGCAAGUUCCUUGUUGAAGCCAUGCAUCAGGCCCAGAUGUCUCCUGGGGGACGCACUCCAGAAGCUAUCCUCAGAGACGUUGCAAAGGUCCUGGACUUCACAGACAUAAAGUUGUUCCUACAG